AGCAGUGGCAGACGUGGGUGGCAACACCUUCAGCCUGAUGUGGGUCGGUGAGGGGCUGCAGCCAGCUGCCCCAGCGCAGGCACCAGCACCCGUUCCAGGCUCCUGCCCCUCUCCUUCGCGUCUUCAGAACCGCUGGGCAAACCCAGAAAUGGCCAGAGCCUGCACAGGUGAGAGAAGCAAGUCAAAGGAAGACCCAAGUCACUCAAUCACACGUCUGCGUCUGCUCGACUAGUUUUAUCACGGAAAGUUAAUUUGUGCUCCCCCAGAGUAACAGUCCUGUGAUGCAGGAAUGCAGGAAUGCAGAGGCUGCUGAGAAGCAGGCUUAGUUUCUUGUCCUGUACUGUGGAUAAUUGCAGGGAAGGCGUCUGACACUUUAAACAGCCUUGUUGGGCUCCAACUGGAGUGCCUGUUUAUGUGACUUGUACUGGAAGGGGGAAUUAUUGCUGUUCCUAGAGCUGUUUAUUAGUGAGUUAAUUGGGAGAAGAGAAACCGUCUCCAGCAGAACUGCUAGUUGACUCUGCUGAUCACGGGAUCGGCACAUUUCUUCUUCACGCGGCUUGAUUAAUGAGCUCAAGAAACGAGUUACUACUCAGGAGUUUCUGUUUCAGAGAAUCUCCCCAAGAGGGAUGCACAGAGCGUAAGAUUGGUUUCAGAGGUGGCGUUACAUGGGCUCAAAGAUAAUCCACAAGCUUUGAGGAGAACAUGUGAAAUGGUGUCACAAAAGCUUUCCCACAACUUGACAUAAAAGGCUCAGAGCUCAACAGCUGCUGCUCUGUACGAAAAGAAGGAGCCUAUUCAGGAGCAGUACAAUAGGGAUGGAAAAGCAGAUCCUGGAAGAGGUCAUUUAAACCUUACCUGGUCUUACAAAUAAUGAGUUUCAGAGUGAGAGAGAAAUGUGUACAUGUGUAUGUGAUUCACAUUAAAAGUCAUGCAUGACCACACAUAUAUAUAUUAAUAUAUACAUGAACACGCAUACACAUAUAUUAAUGUUAACACAAACAGGAUUUACUUACUACAGUAAGAGAUCCCCCACCAUAAGCCCUAACGUUACUUGGCAGUAAUUUAUCUGAUUAUUAUUAUUAUUAUUCCUGUAUUGAGUCUUGGAGAGGGAGAUGCUGAUGCUCACAGAGAAGCAUAUCGAACUGAUGAGGUCACACAGCACAUUUGGAGUAAAUCUGGGACCAAAACGCAUGGUUCUAGAUACGCAGUUAAUGCUGCUGCCUGCCUGCUUUGCCCUUCAUGUCUUGUAACAGGACAACAUUGCUGUCAGCCGCGCUCCACACAGGCCAGGGUGCAUGUCCAGAGGAUGCAGAAGAUACCCAGCUGCCAUGUCCUUCUUCAGCUGUUCAUUAGAGCUCGUAAAAGGAAGCGGUGCUUGCACGGGCAGAAGGCAGGGUAAAUGCAGGCAGAUCUGGUUCAAGUGUUGUGUCAUGAAUCUCUGGCUGUGUGCUUAUAGGAUACAAAUAGGAAGACGGUUAACUCUUCCAGCUGCAGGCACCUAUUGAGCAAAGGCUGUGCCUCUCAAUGCAGAAAUUGCCCCAGUGGAGAAUAAUGAGGAAUCGGGAAUUUGAUUUCUGAUAAGUGUAUGGGCUAUAUAAAUUUCUUCUGCACUCCAUUUUCGUUUGUGCAUAGAUGAAAUAAAAAUAACCAGAAUUAUUAUUAAAAUGCAUUUUGGGGAGGAAGUGAAAAAGCAUUAUGUGAGACAAACUGCUCUCAAAACACUCCAAGAUCCUUCUCCCCAUGGAUUUACGUUGCAGGUAUUUGCAAACAGAAACAUGAAGUGCUUGUGGCACGGCUUGAGAGUAUUCUAAAGAGGCACAUAAGAUAUCAAGGGAAGAGAACAAAGAUCAAAACUGAAAACGUUUUCAAUAACUGUGUGCUUACAAUUAGAAGUACUAUUUGCAGUAAGACAAGCUGGAAAAGCUGUUUUCUGUUUCACAUGGGCAAAACUGGCGUCACGGUCACCUGAGGGAGAACAACUGGCUCUGGCUUCCUGAGAAAACAAGAUGGCUCCCAGCACUGUUUUCAUGGAGCCCGACAACCUACUGACACCAAAGGAGAAAAACAAACUGAGGAAGCCGGUGGUGGAGAAAAUGCGCCGUGACCGGAUUAACAGCAGCAUCGAGCAGCUGAAACUGCUCCUGGAGAAGGAGUUUCAGAGGCACCAGCCCAACUCCAAGCUGGAGAAAGCCGACAUCCUGGAGAUGACUGUCAGCUACCUGAAGCAGCAGAGCCAGCUGCAGAUGAAGGCUGCAGGAUCCUUCCAUAAAAACUCUCAGUUUGACUUCAGAGAGGGCUAUUCGAGAUGUUUGCAAGAAGCUUUUCAUUUCCUCUCUCUUCAUAAAGUCCGAACUGAAACACAGACCAAACUUUUAAGCCACUUCCAGAAGAGCCAGUCAGCUGCUGCAGAGGUCGCCUAUUCCCCUGGGAACCCCAGCACCCUGAAGCAAGCAUCGCCAAAAGACACCAGUACUCUCUGGAGGCCCUGGUAGUCAGGGGAGUCCUUACUUCAUGGACCUCUGCCUUUUACGGUCCAGAGGAAGGAUCUGAGUGCACCUGAUAGCCCAGCUCUGAUCCUCUCUUCCGUAGGGAAUUUUGUUUCCCCUAUAUUUUAUUUAUGAGUGAAAAGAAUGGCAUACUUUUGACUUUUAUGGGAUCCUUUGGCAAAAGUUCAGGCGUUCUGCUGAGUGGUACUGAAGCUGUGUAGACACUGCUGGUAACAGUCCACAGCACGCUGCCCAGUCAGGGGGCGAAUGUCUUCAAAAUGAAGGAGGGUGUUUUUGUAGAUGUUACAGUUGUGAUGGACGAGAAUUGCUGUAGGAGAGAUUUCUCUAAUAUUGCUUGUAAGAGCCAUCAGCUUUGCUCUGGCUUGACUAGCAACACUUGGUUGCUCAGUCACUCCAGAGGAUAAAUUUACUACCCUUUGGUUCAUGCACACUUGAUUAGAAUCAAUUUCCCUUGGUUUUCUUAUAACUUGUACAGCAUCAGAGAUGGUUUUCGUUUUGUUUUGGAUUUUUCCCCAAUGGCCCUUUCAUAGUCCUAGUAUAUAAAGCAUGAUGGAUGAACAGAAGCUAGGAAACUAUGUGGAAUAUUUCUACUAUUUUGCUGCUUUUUUCAAUUUAGAAAAAGAGUAUGUUACUGCUUUAUGUUAAAGAAAAGGUAGUACGUGUAAGGCUUGAUUUGUCAAUGUUAUACAUUUUGGGUGUAAGCUAUGCUUUUUCUAGCAUUUUCAUUAUAAUAAUGAUUUUUGUCUGCAUUGAGUGGUUUAAUUCAUGAUGGAUAGUGUUUCUCCCACUACUGGGACAGGCCUGUGGCUUACAUGCAUACUGUGUAUGCGUCUCUGUGUUUGUAGAGAGCAAUAAAAUGCAUUUGUGUGCAA